GCCAACUGUGACAGAAAUGCUGAGCUAGUUCAAGCAACUUUCCAGUAGUCCUUUAAGUGGCGACUUGAUUUAUUCCUAAGGACUUAUGAUAGCAUCUUACUAAGAUUUACCAAUUUCUUUUUUCUUUUUUAUCGUUAAUAUACCUAGGUUCCUGCCCAGAGGUACCGGUGAUCCCCUGCUACUAGACACGGAAGCCUGUUAAGCGAAAGCUUCUUCUAUUCCGUCCACAACCACUUGAACCAUUUGGUUGUCUCGACCGCGGGCGUUCUGAAAGGGGUGGUAUUCGGUCUGAAAUGAAACUAGAUAUCAGAGACAGUAAAUCUGAUGUUGGACGAAGUGCAUGUGAUAUAAUCAAGGCUAUCCUUUUAGACUCAACUAAGGAUAACCGUAAUGUUACAAUCGGUUUAUCUGGCGGGAGUAUGCCUCAUCUCCUUGCACCACACCUUUGCUCUUUCUCGGAAAUCAAUUGGGAACUAGUUCAUUUCUUUUAUUGCGAUGAGAGACUAGUUCCAUUAGAUAAUGAAGAUUCAAAUCAUCAUUGCUACCAAGAACUACUCUACUCUAAAAUUAACAUUCCAUCCUCAAAUAUUCAUACUGUUAAUACAACAUUAUCAUUAGAAGAUUCAGCUGCUGAUUAUCAGAAACAGCUCUUAUCAUUCUUUGGGACAGCUAACGGUUAUCCACGUUUCGACCUACUGCUUCUUGGUAUGGGUCCAGAUGGUCAUACAUGCUCCUUAUUCCCUGAUCACAAGUCGCUCUAUUAUGAAGAUUUUGUGGUAGCACCGAUUUCUGACAGUCCGAAACCACCACCACAAAGGGUUACUUUGACUUUGCCUGUAAUUAAUAAAGCAGCAAAGGUUGUGUUCAUGGUCACAGGAUCAGAUAAAGCUCAUGCAUUAAAGUCUGUUCAUCAAUCACCUAAUCCAGGUCCUUCUAUGCCAUGUUCAUUAAUUCAUCCAGUCUAUGGAGAAUUAAUAUGGAUUGUAGAUAAAGCUGCUGCUAGUUUAUUGAAUACAUAAAUCAACUGUAUUGUUGUUAAUAUAUUUUAUUGCAUGUUUACUUUCUACCAUAAUUUUCGAAAUAAAUUAUUUGAAUAAAGCAUAGAACAAUAAUUAAGGCAGAAUAAUAUAAAUUCAUUCU